AUGAAUGCACGGUUUGACUAUCGUCAAGUCGCUCCUAGUGCGAGUGUUUCUUUUAGCUCAUGGACUAGUCUUGGCUUUUUACUUGUUGAAACAGGCAUUGUUAUUUGGCUUCGAAAUGGACAUGAAUUUAAAGUUAUUGCUUUUUGUAUCAUAUUUUAUUUGGCAUGUACAACACCAUCAUUAUGGAUAAUUCAUAUUGAAACAGCAAAUAGAAAAUUGUAUCGUCUUGCUGAAAAUAAACUUAAUGCUCGAGCAGCUGUACCAUCUGUUCAUCUUCGACAACAACAACAAUUUAUUUCUAAUAAUUCAGCAUCUACAAUAUCACGUUUAAUAUCAAGUACAACUCCACUUAUUCUAACUAUAGGACAUGUUGAAUGUCAUGAUAAAGCAUGGUAUUAUAUGGAUGAACAACGUUGGCUUGAUGCAAUACAAGAAACUAUGCUUGUUGUUUUAGCAAUAUGUCGUUUAUUGUUAAGUCGUGAACAUAUGAGUGUUGAAAAAAGUGGCAUUAUUUUAAUGAUAACAAUAAUUAAUGGUGCUGAUCUAUUAGCUAUGUCACAUUCAUUACAAUAUCAUGAUGUUAUCAUUGAACGUCUUUGGAUGUAUAUUGGUUUAGCUCUUCUAACAAUUGGUUUAUUUCAAAUGGCAUUUAUUGAUACAGAUGGUUUAACACCAACAUCAAAUCCAAAUUCAAAGAAUAAAGUUAAAAAACGAAUGCAUUUUCUUCAAGAUCAAAAUUUAUGUCCACUUUUUCGAACUUUAUUUAUUCAUGAUGGUCUUCUUCUAUUAUAUCGAACUUUAUUAGCUGCAAAAGUUCGAUGUAGUAAACCAACAAUCAUCUUUUAUAUGGCAAAAAAUGUUCUAAUGAUUGCAAUACAAUGCUAUCGUGCUUAUCAUAUAUCCAAAGAACAUGAUAAAAAGAAAGCAUUUGCUGCAUAUGAACAUUUAAUACGUUCGUCAUCGAUAUCAAGAAAAUAUCGUCAUCCAUUCUAUGGUUUAGAACAUGAUCGUUUAGGUAAACAACAACAACAACGAUUAUUACAUCGAACUCUUCGUCGUCCAACAUCAAUAAUUCAUCGACGAAAAGCAAAAACACCACGAGCAUUACAUACUUUUUCUAACAACUCGAUAUCAUAUCCAUUUGCACGACGACGAAAUGAUGGUGGUCGUGCACGUACAGCAUUUGCUCUCUAUGGUCUACCGUUUCGUGGACCGCAAGCUCCUCGACCGGCAACAAUAUCUUCAAGUGGAAGUCUUGUUGCCAAAGCUUUUGUUCAUUAA